AUGGGUGUCUGGAUGGCAAUAACGACAGUAGCUUCCUCAACACUAGCGCUAGUGUCGUUAUCGGCGCUGGCCUCCAACUCGUCGUACUCUACAAAAUCGGGGAUUCUACCUUGGGUGGAUCCAAGCAGUCCCGACAGCGCUCAGUCGUACACAACGUCGCGAGGAAAGACGUGGACGUUGACAAUGAGCGACGAAUUCAACACUGAAGGUCGCACCUUCGAGGCCGGAGACGACCACCUAUGGACUGCACUAGAAAAAGCCGACGGCGUCAACUCGGCACUUGAAGUCUACUCGACUAACAUGACCGGAACUGAAUGUGACGACGACCACUGCUACUUCUUCAUCAACACGACGGACGAGACGAUCGCUAAGACGGUCUGGAAUAACUACAUAUCUCCACCAGGCUAUCAGACGGUGUAUUUCUACUACCGAUCAGGAAUGGUACAGUCGUGGAACAAGUUCUGCUUCCAGGGCGGCAUGAUUGAGGUACGCGCACAGCUCCCUGGAGCUGUGACGAACGAAUCAGGCAACCCGGAUGUGUCGACCGGGUCGACAACUGUACGAGCCGCUAACAUCAACUACUACCCAACGUGGCCUGGUAUCUGGCUCAUGGGUAACUUGGGUCGAGCCAUCUUCAGUGCGUCCACUAGCCGAAUGUGGCCGUUCACGUACAACGAGUGCAACGAGACCAUCUUCGACUCACAGAACCAGCGUAUCAGCGCGUGCAACGAUACCCCGGGGUCGGGUUUGAACGCCAACCAAGGUCGGGGCGCGCCGGAGAUUGAUAUCCUUGAAGGCGGAGGUACUGCGAUUUCAACGUCGUUGCAAGUAGGUCCGGGUAUGCCCGAGGACUUCCGUCGCAUCGCCGACAACUCGUCCGAGUAUUGCUACUACAGCUACGACUGCACAACGGAAGGUGCUAACCAACCUGACGUCCCCAUUGCAUACUAUUACAACCUGCGUGGUCACAAGUCAUGGUAUCAGGGUCUACGUUACGGUGCCAAUAAUCUAUGUGACGUUGAAGAGGACGAUGUCCAAACGUUCGCUACGGUUAAUGCAUCUAUAGAAGAAGGCAUCACAGACAACGCGUGCACUAUGGAAACCUGUCCAGGAUCAUACGACCCGAACGCGGAUCUCGGAUACAUGAACACGGGAGUGCAUUGGGGUAUCAAUGCUAAUGGAACAUGCUUCCCGAAGAUGAAUCAGUAUGACGGUGCCUAUCUGUGUAGCGCUGGCAACACUGUGUCUGAGUGCACCGCCUCGAGCGGUUCAACAAGUGCUGCGUCUGAAUUCGCUUACCAAAUGGAUGCCAUCUCGUCUAAUUGGGAGAUUCACAUGGCCGCGUACUUGGAUUGGGUUACGUACUCCGUGGAGUGGGUAAUGGGCGACGAAGGCUACAUCCGUUGGGAGGUAGAAGGUCAACCGAUCUUCGAAAUAACAGCCGACGUGCUCACCAACCCACCUCAGAACAGCGCACAGAUGAACCCCAAGAAGAUCAUGAUCGAGGAGCCGAUGUAUAUCAUCUUUAACGUGGCACUAUCGAGUUCGUGGGGAUCUUCUCCUCCAAAUGCUGGGUCAGGAAGUUGUCGUGGCGAUGGGUCUAGCUCGACUAAUAAUGCGAUUUGCGAUUCCUUUCCGAUGUACCUGAAGAUCGACUACAUCCGACUGUACCAGGACACUUCGGAUGGGACGGACAUGGCAAUUGGGUGUAACCCGGAUACACAUCCGACUAAACAGUUCAUUAAGGACAAUAUCGACGAUUACAUUGAUGACGAAAACCCAGACACAGCAGUCUCCGGUAUGGCGUUCUGUGACUCAAAUGCCGACUGUACCAUCUCAACGACUGGCACCGUCACGGGUUCGUGCUCUAAUGGACGUUGUAAAUGUACGUCAGACUCAUGGACUGGUCCACGAUGCACUGAAACGGCAUUAUCGUCUUCGUCUUCCUCCGAUUCGGACGACACCUCGAGCGUCUACGGUCCGCCGAUGAACGCGUCAGUGAUCGCAGCCUGUGUGACAGUAUUCUGUACUGCGUGCACGAUGAUCCACUCGAUCAUAACGGCAAAACGCACCUCUGCUCAACUCCAGAAACACAUGACGCUGAAGAUGCGGGGUACACUCAAGGACGCAUACGGACCCAUGAGCGAGCUGUCCGUUAAGGACAACUACAGCACCAAUUUUGUUUGA